UGUGAGCUGAGAUGAGACGCACGAGGGCAAGCAACUUGAAUGAGAUGAGAAACCUGAGUUAACGUGAGUUCCUUUUCAUCAUUCCUCACAAAUGGUGAUGCACAGGGGCCCCUACAUCUUUUAGAACUGACGUACAUAACAAUGGGCAGCAUAGCCCGGCGAAUUUUGAAGAACAUGGGGUCUCGAAUUGAAGUGUAUGUCACUGCUGCAGAUGUGGAUAGGGAAACGGGGUUGUUGAAGUUUUGGACUCAAUUGGACCCAAAUGAACUGGAACAAGUUGAGCAGCUUUCGGAGAGGUUCCAAUUCAUGGCGCAGGAGGCUUCAAGCCCGCUGCCAGAUACUCUAGCGCCAGGCUGUUUGUGUAUUGCUAAGUACCUGGAGGAUGGUCGCUGGUAUCGCGCCAGAAUCGAGAAUGUAACUGGAAACGACGUCAUUGCCUACUUCAUCGAUUACGGAAACACAGAAAUCAUUCCUAGAAACCUUGUCCGGACGAAGGAGUCCGUUGGCAGUGAUGUGUUUGCCCUUCCUGAGCAGGCAACAGAGUGUGUACUGGCUGGAGUGGCUGCCAUCAUACAGCAUCGACAUAUCAAGAUGGGGACUCAUGGAUACUUGAAGAAUUCCUUGAUUGAUCAGACAUUCAUCGGAGAGCCACAACAACUGACUAAAGAUGGUCUGGAGAUGAAGCUCUUCACACAGAAUGGUGACAGCUUGUCUGAGAGGUUCAUCUUGAAUGAAUUUGGAGCACGUAGAGGCCCCGGCAUCCCCAUUCAGACAGCUACCCCAGCAGCACAGAUGAAAAGAGGUUACACUCAGAUUACCUUACCCCUAGACAGCCGCCACAACCUCUAUGUCAGUAACGUGGCCUCUUUAGGUCAGUUUUGGAUCCAGCAAGCAAGCAAGACCCAAGAUCUAGACAACUUGAUGGACAGUAUCAGUGCCCAGUAUGAUAGUCUCCGUCCUGGAGAGAAGACAUUAGGAGCUUUCGAAGUGGGCACUCCUUGUAUUGCAAAGUUUUCUGAUGAUGGCGCCAACUAUCGAGCUGUGGUAACAGAGGCAAGGGGUCCAAAACAGUGCACUGUUCAGUUUGUGGACUUUGGCAACUCAGAAGUCAAAGACGCAGCAAGUUUAAGGGCCAUCACUGAUGACUUGUUGCAGCACCCAGCCAUUGCCAUAAAAUGCUCUCUGAGUGGGAUCAAUGAGCACUAUAGUUCCACUAGGGCUGUGGAACGAUUUGAGGAGCUGACUGCUGACAAGGAGUUGUGUGGGAAGGUAGUCGGGAUGAGUGGCAACACUUGUAAUAUGCUGCUCUUGGAUCCCCAAGGGGAAGAGAAUGCUGAUAUUGUCAGUGUGCUGGUGAAAGAGGGUCUGGCAUCUCGUUCUGUUGAGAAUUUCAGUGCUCAGGCAAAGGGUGGAGCCAGUGCAGGAGCGUUUAAUGCAGGUGGGGAUGCAGAUGCUUGUAAAUCCUAUGUUGAUCCGAAAGUCAGCCAGGGCUCCAAAGUUGUCAUUGAAAUCAUUGCCAUACGAGGAAUCGAUGACUUUUCAUGCCAGUUGAUGGAGGAUGCUGAAGCCUUCAAUGCCAUGAUGGAUAGACUGCAGACUGAUUACUCUGCAACUUCAGGCACAAGUGUAUUGAGGUCACCGACAGUAGGUCAACCUUGUUGUGUCAGGUUUACUGAAGACAACUGCUGGUACAGGGCCCUUGUCGAAUCUGUCCAGGGCAGAGAAAUUGGAGUCCAGUAUGUUGACUAUGGAAAUAGGGAAGUUGUGGAUGCCUCCAAGCUCAUGCAGCUCAAAUCGGAGUAUUUGACACUGCCACUUCAGUGUAUUGAUUGCAGCUUAGAUGGGGCGCCAGCUUUGGAAGGAACUGAAGCAGAGAGAGCUCGCAAUUGGUUGGACAAUCACACUGAAGAAAACUCUGUUGCAACUGUGACAAGCAUACGAGGUGGCAGAUUUGCAGUCAUCUUAAAAUCAGUAGAAACGGGAGUCAUUCUGAAUGAUGAAAUCAAGAAAGUACUGCCACGGCAAAGAGUGGAAAAGAAAAUAAAGACCCCACCCAGAGCACAGCCCUUGCAAGAAGAAUCUCGGCCCAUGCAGCACAGUCCACCAAGAAGCCAGCCAGUCAACUCCAUGUCCGCAUCUGUUGCUGACCUCGGGUUCUGGAGUGAAGUCAAGCUUGCAAAGGAGGCUGAUGUCUACAUAUCUCAUGUGGAAGACCCAAGCAAAUUCUUCUGCCAGUUGGUAUCACAGGAGGGUCAUCUGAACCUUCUAAUGGAUACCAUCAACAGCAACGCCAUUCAGUCAAAGCUGAAGCAGCUCCAGCAGGCCUGUGUGGGAACACCAUGCAUUGCCCAGUUCUCUGAGGACAACAGCUGGUACAGGGGUGUCAUCAAAGACCAGAAGCCUGGCUGUUAUAGGGUCUGCUUUGUGGACUAUGGCAACGAGGAGGAUGUUCCUCUGGGGAAAGUCAGCAAGAUCACAGAAGACCUCAUGUCACUUCCACAGCAGGCUGCUUCCUGCUGCCUCAGUGGUUGGGACUUGACCUGGAAGGAAGACAAAGUCAUUCAGCAUAUGAAGAACUUGGCAGCUGACGUUGAGAAGUUCCACUUAACUGUACGGGAAUCAAAAGGUAUGUCUGUUGUACAACUAAAGUGGCAGGGUAAGGACAUGCUGCAAGAGCUCAGGAAAGUUAGAGACAGCAUUCCCAAAGAGGUCAACCAAACAACGAAGGCUUCCUCUCCACCUCGACAGAAAGAGAAUCUGGUAAACAGCACCCAACCAUUUACCAUUGCAUCUGCUGUAGAGAGUGUCAAAGUUGAUCAGCAGGUCAUGAUGGCCGCCAGUGUUGUGAAAGGCCCCACAAAGUUCUUCUGUCAGCUGUGCUCCCAGUACGAUCAGCUCCAGGAGCUGUCUGCAGAUAUGAAUAAUCACUAUGUAGGCUCUAACCCCAACAAAGAGAAGUUGAAUGUGGCUAUCUCAGGGGCUUUCUGUGCUGCCCAGUCUUCAAGUGAUGGAGCAUGGUACCGGGCCAAAAUACUUCAUGAAGCCGGCCCAGGCAAAGUCAAGGUUAAGUUUGUGGACUAUGGUGAUAGUGAUGUUGUGGCUGUGGACUCCCUGCACAAUCUGCUGCCUCAGUUUCGCAAUCUUCCCACUCAGGCCAUCAAGUGCCGUAUGUCAGGCAUGAUGCAGAAAUUUGAAGCAGUGGUUGUAGACCAAGAGGUGAUGGUCAAAGUCAAGACCAAACAAGAUGGGAAACUAGAGAUUGAAUACCAAGAUGAUGCCUUCGGUGCUAAAGUCCAAGAAGUUUUUGGCCCUGUGGUUCCAGCAUUGCCCAUCCAUGUUGGUUACACAAAACAGAGGAAUCUGGGGAACACAGAUCAAGAUGUGUAUGUCUCCCAUGUGGACAACUUGCAGAAGUUCUACAUCCAGGUGUGCAGUCAAAGUGAUGAGAUCGAUGUGCUGCAGCAAAAGCUCAAAACUGCAUACAGCAGCAAUGCUAGUGGACUGGUCUCUUCAACUGCUGUUGGUACACCAUGCUGUGCCAAGUUCUCUGAGGAUGGUGACUGGUAUCGUGCAGUAGUCACUGGGCAUCCUAGUCCAAGCAGGGUCAUAGUCCAAUUUGUAGAUUUCGGCAACAGCGAGGAGCAGUCUACAUCAGAUCUGAGGUCCCUCGAGCCAGAAUUUCUUCAACAAAUGGUUGGUGCAGUAGAGUGCAGACUCAAAGAUAUUGAAUCCGCAAAUCUGGAUGUUGCAAACGAGUUCCUCAAUUUGACUGUUGAUAAAACCAUGAAGUGCAAGUUUCACAGUAGAGAGGAGCCUUAUGACGUCCAAUUCCCAGAUUUGUACGAGGAGGUGAAGAAGUGGCAACAGGGUUAUGCACAGCAACCUGCAUCGAUAUUGUCUUGUCCACCUUCUAACAUGUUAGCUGUAGGAGUGAAGGAGGAAGUUUAUGUCUCCUCUGGUACCAGCCCAGCAAGUUUCUGGUGCCAGCUGGCCCGGCAGGAAGAUACAUUGAACAAGUUGAUGAAUUCCAUUGACGCACACUACAGUGCUCUUUCUAAUGGUGAAGGGCAGAUGAGAUCUCCAGUGAUAGGCAGUCUCUGUGUUGCUCAGUUUGCAGAUGAUGGCGGUUGGUACCGAGCCAAAAUAACCGAAGUCCAUGCCGAUGCAUGUGUGGUGACUUUCAUUGAUUAUGGCAAUUCAGACAAAGUGCCCAGGCACCUGAUCAUGGACAUCAAGGAAGACUUCCUUGUGGCAGAGCAGCAAGCUUGCUUGUGUAGUCUUGGUGAUGUAGACCCUGUAGCUGCAAACUGGACAACGGAAGCAUAUGAUGGCUUUCUCGACCUGACAGGUGACAAGAAACUAUUAGCUGAGGUGAUUUCAGUUGAUUCCAGCACCUCUUCACAUCAGGUGAUCCUCUUGGACCUUGGCAUGAGCCUUGGGAAAAGACUUAUUGAAAAGGGGCAUGCAAGACCUGUACCUGUAUCCACCAGAGCCAUCAGAUUUGGCUCUGAGAGUGAGGAACUACCAGACCAGCUCAGAACUGAGCUGAGUGGUUUCAAGAAGCUGGACAUCAUCCAAGGUUCCUCGGAGAAAGUCUAUGUAACUGUAGCAAACUCUUUGCAUGAGUUCUACUGCCAGAUUGCUGCUAAGGCAAUAGGAGACUUGGAACCCUUGUCAGAGAAACUACAGUCAGAGGCCGAAUCACUUGAGGACAUCACAGCUGACAGUAUCCAGGGAAUGCCAUGCAUUGCCAAGUUUUCAGACGAUGAACAGUGGUACCGUGCAACAGUCCUAGCAGAGAAGGGAGACAUGGUUGAAGUGUUCUUUGUGGACUAUGGAAACAAGCAGAGUGUCCCACGAGACCAGGUCAAGGCCUUGACUGAAGACUUCUCAGACCUGCCAGCACAGACCGUGAAGUGCGCCCUCGCCCACAUUCCUGGAUCCACUGCCAGCGAUGACACUGCCGUGGCUGAGUUUGAAAAUGUGGUGCUGGAGAGUGAAAGCUUGACAGCUGAGUUUGUUCGUCAGAAGGGCUGUACCUGGAUUGUUAAACUCCUGAAUGAUGGCCAGCCAGUUGCAGAGGCAUUGGGUGUCGAACUGCUGGAGGAGAUUUCAGAAGCUCCUGAGCUACAUGUACCGUCACCUCUGAGAAGCCUGAGCUAUACCCAGGCACCGUUGAAAGCUUGCCAAGUUGUUGAAGUCUUUGUCACUGCAGUCAACAGCCCUGAGGAUUUCUGGUGUCAGUUUGCCAAGACUGAGGAUGACCUGAAUGUUGUCAUGGAUAAUAUCCAGAGCUCGUUCAUUCAUAUGGGAGAAAACCCAAGGCCACAAGACAUGCAUCUGAGGCCAGGGCAAGCCUGCCUUGCUCAGUGUGCACAGGAUGGUUACUGGUAUAGGUCAGAGGUCACAGAGGUCAUGGGGGAUUCCGUGAAUGUCCUAUGUGUGGAUAAUGGCAAGACUCAGACCGUCUCCAGUAACAAGGUCAGAGCAAUUGAAGCUGGCUUCAUGGACCUUCACAGACAGUCAUUCAGGUGCCAACUAGCAGGGGUGUCACCCAGAAAGGAGGUCUGGGAUCAAGAUGCUGUAGACACCUUCAAGAAGAUGACCUCUGAUCACUCCCUGAUGGCAGACAUCUUAAAGCUGGUUAAGAGUGGGGAGGGCAAUACAACUGAUGCUGUGGUGAUCUUGCAUGACGGCGCUAUAUCACUGUCUGAUCUGCUGGUUGAGAAGGGUCUUGCGCAAGCAGUGGAAGUACAUCAGUACAAAGAAGAGGAGAUGGAUCGUUCCUUCGGUGAGCAAAUCCUGAAGACAUCCCCUUGGGAAGGGCCAAAGUAUGAGCAGCCAGUCUUGCCAUCAGGGGAGAAGCAGGAAGUGGUGGUUCUCUCAGUCACAAGCCCCUCAGAGUUUUACUGCCGAGCUGUGGAAUCUGACCAGAGUGGUAUACCAGCCAAGAUUAGGUCUGAGCUGGAAAGACACAUUGGAGAGAUGAUAGGCUUGAGCAGGUUGGUACCAGGUAAAGGCAUGCCAUGUGUUGCCAAGUGUGAGGAUGAAAUAUGGCAACGUGUUGAGAUCCUUGAUGUUCUCCAAAAUGAUAGGGUGAAAGUUUUCCUUGUUGACCAAGCUGUGACGCAAGAAAUCUCCAUUGACAACCUUCAGUUGAUUACAUCUACUCUACUCGGGCUGCCACUGCAAGCUGUGAAGUGCUCGCUAGAGCCAGCUCCUUCUGGAUCUGACUGGUCUGAAGCAGACACUAUGGCAUUCAGAGAGCUCAUUGAGGGAAAGACACUGCAGGCAGAACUUGCUGAGGGAGGAGUUCAGCUCUUUGAUGGGGAUGAAUCAAUUAUGCAGACAUUGGUCCAGAAAGCUGCAGACAGGAAUGCCAAGUUGCUGCAAGGAAAGUCUGAGAAGAAUUCUGAAGUGAAUGAAGUUACUCAGCCUGAAGUGCCUAUUGUUGAGGAGGAAGAUGAAAUCUUCACCGAGAGGGAUAAUCUGCCAGAUUCCUUUAAACAGGCCUUUCCAACACUGGACCUAAAGGCUGACCAAAAAGUUACCCUGUGUCUGGUGACAGUUGACAGCCCUGAUGAAAUCACCUGUCAGAUUGACCACGAAGAGCAGAAAGUGUUAGACAUCGAACAGCAGAUGACAGAGGUCUAUGCAGAAAAUACACAAACCAAUCAAGACACCAACUGGGUUCCUAAAGUUGGAGAGCCAUGUGCUGCUAAACACUCUAAAUAUGAUGAUUGGUACCGAGCCACUGUGGUGUCUGUUGACCAACAACUGGGUGUGAAGGUCUUCUAUGCUGACUAUGGUGGCACCGACAGUGUCCUCUUUGAGAGUGUUCGUGAGUUGGAAGAGGAAUUGAAACAACUCCCAGCUCAAGCUAUGAAGUUUCAUCUGAAUAAGCCUCUUAUGCCCCUGACAAAGUGGAACAAGAAAACUAAAGCGAUCAUGGAGGGCCAAGACACAGAGCGAGAUUUGCACGCCAAGAUCCUGGAAGUCCAGGAGAAUGUUGUCAUUGUAGAGCUAGCAGAGGAGGACCAUUCAUUCCUCACCCACCUAGUUGAUCAGUCUCAAACUAGCUCUGUUGACAAUGAAGAUGAGGAAAGGGAAGGUGAGUUCUUCGAUGCAGUUGAUCAAGCUUCAACCGAAGAAGAGGAAACAUAUGAGGAUGCUGAUAUUGAUAGGGCAUUGGAAAGCAUACCUGCUGACACUGCCACUUCAGGAGACACAAGGGAUGAUGUCCAAAAAAGUAUUGCAGAAAUUGUUGAAGACCUCUUUGAGAAAGCAGCUAAGCAAGCGUUGGAUGAUCAGAAGAGUUUAGAGGCAAAAGACGAAGACACCAGCAGUGGCUCCAACCAGAAGGACUCAACCAAUACUUCAUCUGUGCCUCCAUUUGUGGGUGGCCCCAAGAUGAUCAGCAUGAAAGACAUCCUUGACCAGUUUGUGGACCACACCCUGCAGAAGAUAAAUGAAGAAGACAAUGGGGGUGACAUCAAGCAAACUGAUGAACAGGAGGCAGAUAGUGAUAACUGUGUCGAGGAUGAAGUUGGCCAUCCGUCAGAUGGAGAUGAUGAAGAACAAGAAAUCCAGGAGGUUGUUAAUGGAGAUUUAGCUGAUGAGGAAGAAACAUCUGAAACAGGUGGUGAGACACUUGAUGUAGAAGACUCUGCCACUACAGAAGCGGAAUAUGACAGAAGUGAAAAGUCUGAAGAAUCUGCAGCUGUUUCUCUCCCAGAUGAUGCAGAGCAAGGUACUGAGGAUCAACCUGAUGAAAGUGCUAAAGAUUCAGAUGAAAACCAACAAAAUGAGUUACCAGCUACAGAGCUUGGAUCAGAGGACCAAAACUUUGAUGAUCAGACCCUUAAGGAACCAGAGUUAAUUGAUCAACAGGAUGGACAUAUGAAAACAGAGGAAACUCUAACAACUGAAACACGACCUGAACCACAGACAGAUGAGCGACAAGCAACUCAUGAUCAGGAUGAUUCUGCCAAAGAAAUGAUAGCAAGCGUGGAUCCUGGCACAGUUGAAUUAAAGGAGGGACAGGUUCUUGAAGAUCAGCCCUCUGUUCAGGAUUCAGAGGCAGAAGUGCCAGCUGUAGAAAAUCUUACACCUGUCACUCAGAUGGAUGCAGAGAAUGUGUCUGAUGAUCUGACUUCCGCAAGAGAAGAACCUGCUGGAGAUUCACCCAACUUGCCAAUAGAUACAGAAGAAGUACCCCCACAAUCUGCAGAAGAGGAGGGGGUUGAAGUAGAUCCAGUUAGUUCUCCACUGAUGGACAUUGCCAGUGAGAUAGUAAAAGGUGAAGAGUCCCCUACAGAUGCUGCAGUUGAGGUACAAAAUGGGUAUCAGGCCACACCUGGCAAAGAACAGUCCUCAGGUCAGGAAGAUACUGCUAUGGAGCAGGCUGCUGCUGAAGGCCCUGAUGAGGAAACACAGGAUCAGGAUGAGAAGCAGCCAGAGUUGGAAUCAUAAAUCUCAUGGUUCAUUUAUAGAGACCAGUUGGGUCCAAAAGAUAACAGUGCCUUUACAACCAAGGAAACCAAAGUUUCUUGGGUUGCAUUAUCAGUUGUAUUUGAAAAGUUUAAAUGAAUCACUAUUUAAGUAUUCAGAGAAAAAAUAAAAGUAGAUUUUUUUCUUUAAUUGAUUGUCUUGUUAGGGGUACAUUUAGCUUCAUAAUGUGAACUUAGUAAACAAAUGUUGUAGCUUGUUCACUAUAAUGGUCCAGUUCCAAAUCCAGCCGACAAGAUUUUGAAGAUUAUAAUGGCUUUUAAUGGAAGGUAAUAUUUUUUGCUUUGGUUUGCCAUGUUUAUAAUUCUGUUGAGGAAUUUCUGCCAACAAACUGCAUUUUGCACAAUAUCUUUUUGAUGUGAGCUCACAUUUUAAUGAUCUUUUACCAUGUGACAUGCUCCAUAAUCAGAAGUAAUCCAUAGUGAAGUAGAUUUUCACACAGACUUGUAGAGACACACCUCUUGCCAUAUUCAUGGUUUUGGGUUUAAACACAAAAUGGAAUGAAAUGAGAAGUUUUAGUGCUUGUAUAUGUUUGCCUUUGUGUGCAGAAAAAAAUAGUGUCAAGGAAAGAUAGAUCGAUUCUAAUUUCACUGUAGAAAAAUAAUGGUGGUAUUGUGCCUUGUCGUUUCCACUUACUUUUGAUGAGUCCAUUCAUCCUCAAACCUCACUGCAGUCUGCAAAAAAUAUCUUCAGUUUGAUUUCUUAUUUUUCAUACCAAGAGUAUAUAGAUGACUAGUGUUGUGUUUGGGUCUCCUGGCCUGUGUAUGUUUUUGUUUGUUUUUAAGUCAGACUCUCUGCUUUGUCCAUUUCCAUAAUGAUGCUUAAUGUGCCCCUUUAGAAUGCCUUAUGUACUAGUACCUGCUUUGCAGCUAAAAGUUGUUUAAGUUCGACCAUUUCAUUUCACUGUCAGCUACCAUGGUUAUGAAAUAGUUGUACAUGUACAUUAAAUGGACCUAUGCCACGGAUACCAAGGGAACAAAGUCGUUCACAUUGUAACAUUUAGCUGUUGCAUUUGGGUUGGGGUUGGGAACUAGAUAUAUGUACAUAGCAUAUGUGUAGUCAUUUAAAAAGUCCUCACUGCAAAGGAGUUUUGACUAAGUCACUUACAAACCACAUGGCAAACUUAAUGAGACAGUUUAAAACAUGUAGGGGUUAAGGGUACAGGUAGAUGUGUUCUAACAUAGUACAUGUACUUGAUUCACACUCAUGCUUGGUGAUGUGACAUUCUGUAAUGCAAAUGAUGUCAUGGACAGUAGUUGACAUGACACAUCCAUAUGGUUGUUGCUUUUACAAAGGACAUAUCUACGGUAUAGCAUCUUGCAGGGUUGAUGAAUUUACACCAACAGAGGCAUAAUAGGUUAUGUUUAUUUCUAUUUAUACUCAUUAGGCACUGAGCAACCCAAAAAGUAUGAAAGAAAGAUGAUGAUGUAAUUGUAUUGAUGUGCUUUGUAGUAUGAUAGGCACAGAUAUCUGUGUCAAACCAGCAACUACAUGUAGACUAUCGAUGCACAUACUUGGAGAGUGUCGUUGGUAUGUAUUCAUUUCUUUAUUUUUCAUUAGUAGAAUGUGUAGCUUUUUUUUAUACUUUAAAACUUUGUUUAUGAUUUAACCAAAAAUUAAUUCCAUAUUUUUUGUAUGUUAUACUUUAUUAUGUCAUUUGUCGAUACUUCAUUCUAAUUGCCUUCCAUUUUUUACCAUUUGAGUUGUUUCAGAGUUCAAGAAUAAGAGUUCAGUGUUACUUUAAGAAAAAAAUCUGGUCAAAGUUGUUGCAGAUUAUGUCAACAAAAAUGAAAUUUGAUACCUGAAUGAGCUUAGGAAAUCAGGGGAAAUCAUUAUGCUAAAAUAUAUGAAGCUUAAAAAAAAUGAUAAAAGCACUGUUCAUGAUUACAAUGUUAAAGAUACAGUGCCACAUAGUCAUAUUCCACAUACAUGUACUCAGCAGUCAAGUGAGCAUAUAUGUGUGUACUGUAAGGGAGGCAUUUAUUUCCUUUAAUGCAUUGUCAUUGUUGGUGUUGUUUUGCAUGGCAUUAACUUUGUUGGCACAGUUAGAUCGCUUUUCUAUUCAGUGAUCCAAUCUGGAAGACUGAAAGUCCAAUUUAAGAAAUGUUAAACCACAGGCAUUUGUAUUUGUGUGUCUAUUGUCCUGCAUUUGUUAGUUGCUUUAUGUGGGGUGAAGUGUUCCAUUUACUAGACGUAGUUGUAAUGUAGUUGUAGAUAUGACAAGACAGUUGUUCUAGUUCACUUUUCCAAGACUGGUUCCAUGGCCUUCACAUGUACAGACGAUGAAGGUAUUUCCUUUGCUAGAGCAACUGACUCUUUCUACUUGUAGAUGCACAGCCAUUUGUUCAUGCUGAAAUCUGAAAACAGAAUCUUUUGUUCUUGUAUGGAUCAUGUAAAUGUGCGCAUCUUAUAGCUCAGAAAAGUGUCUCUUGACAAGAUUGAUUUUUUACUCAGGAUGUGAAGACACAUACACACGUAGUUAACAUACUUAUCUUUCUUGGCUGCAGACAUGGUUGCUACAGUGUGUGACUCUUUGUAUCGGUGUAACAGACAUACAAGUGCACAUUUGUCUAUUGACUAAAUCUUGAGUUAUCUUGAGUUACAUGAAUGUUUUCAUUAGUCUGUGAGCCGUGAGUUUGCACAUUAGUUACUUAAUACAGCUUUCUGGCAGUGGACAAGUGUGACAGUUUGUCUGGAGAAGACAUAGUUUUGUAGCACACAUCUUGGUUAACAAAUGUAAAAGUUCAAAUCAAGAGUGAAAUUUUCUUGCCAAGUGACACCAGUGUUUAAGCCUUUGCUUUUUCUUUGCACACAAAAAAAUAAAUGUUUCUGUUGCAAAACAUGCAAUUCAGAUUUGGGUGUUUUCUUAUUUUCUCUUUCAGAGCCCCGUGAAAUUAGUUUUUCCCAAAAGUGAAUGCAUUAUCCCAUUUCAUUGUGGCAGAAUGAAUGCUGCGGGAUAACUUCAAAGUCAUGAAAGUGGAACUUGUGUUUUCCCGUCCAAACGUAAGUUGCUGCCACAAUUGUAGUUCAAGCUGUUGCAAUGUGCUACGCGAGUCUUUUCCUGACAUACUGUUGGCAUGGCUAACCACUAGCAUUUCCAUGUGUGUAACUGUGAAGGAAAAUAUUCCAUUUUGUAUUCGUGGAGUUGAGAAUUAAAAGGCCUGUUAGAAGCCUACA